CUAAAAAUAUAUUAUUCAUUUCCAAAGUUUAUUUUCUUGAAAACUACACAUAGUGAAGGUGGGAAACGGUCAUAAGGCGACCGUUAAUACCGGUAUAAUUAUAGUAUGUUACCCCACCUCUUUCUUGGUCUUCUUGUUUCCCACUCUUUUCUCUUAUUUUCUCCAUUUUUCACUCACCCAUGACUUCAUUUAACCAUAAUAACAUUAUUAUUAUUAUUAUUAUUAAAUCUACAAGCAAACUAAUUUAAUUUUCUUGGACAUUUCAUCAAACAUGUGGAGAACUCAGGGUAUCAACCUCUUGAACCGGGCCGUUAAUUCCAGGCUGGGGCCCGCUCUGUUUUCCGGCAGCCAAUUUUCUCGAUCGAUGAUGGCCCCGUCGUUUCACCGUUACUGCAGCAGCUCUGCCGUGAGCGGCGGCGGCGGCGGAGAUGGCGGUACGAUGAGUUACGCGGAGGCGAAGAGGCUGCUGAGGCUGGUGAAUGUGGAGGCCUUGAAGGAGAAUAUGGGUACUAAAGACACUGAAGUUAUACCGUACGACGAGCUUGUGAACUCGUGCCUGAAAAUGGGCGUCGCUAAAUCCGCCGACGAGGCCGCCGCCUUCGCCAGAGUUCUUGACGACGCCGGCGUCGUUUUGCUCUUCCGCGACAAAGUGUACCUUCAUCCCGAUAAGGUGGUCGAUUUGGUUAGAAGAGCGGUACCACUAGCUCUUCUACCCGAAGACGACCCACAAAAGGGCGAACUAAACAAGCUCCAAGAGCAAAAGGACGAAAUCGACAUGCUAGCCCACAAGCAGGUCCGUCGGAUACUAUGGACGGGCCUCGGGCUAGCAAUGACACACAUCGGGCUCUUCUUCCGUCUCACGUUUUGGGAAUUCUCGUGGGAUGUGAUGGAGCCCAUUACUUUCUUCAGCACCGCUUCGGGUUUGAUCAUCGGCUAUGCCUACUUCAUGUUCACUUCGCGGGACCCCACUUAUCAAGAUCUUCUCAAGAGACUGUUUUUAUCGAGGCAGAGGAAACUCAUCAAGAGGCGCAAUUUCGAUGUUCGAAGAUUUGUGGAGCUUCAGAAACACUGCAAGUUGCAUCAUCAUUCGUGUGCGAUUAUCAGAAUUAUUCGGCGAUCCCGGCCAAAUAUGUAA